AUGCAAGAAAUCAUAAUACUCCUGCUGAUAGCAUUUGUUCUUUACUUUGUUUUCAACAAGAAAGAUAAUGGUAAUGAUGCCCAGAAUAACCAAAGAGGUGCCGGAAAUGCUGGUACCAAGGUUGUAGACGAUGGUGCUGACGAUGUUGAGUUCUAUGAAAAACAGAAUGUUCUGUUUGUUGCAGAUAAAGAGAGCUACUCAAAAACAUUCCAUGAUGAAAUCAAUAAAGAUCUACCCCACUUUAAUACUUUAAGAAAGUAUGCUGCUUCUGGAGCUAAGGGAAGAGAUUACUUUGGUAUUAAAGUAGGAGAAGAGACCUGGCUGUUCCCAGUAUCUCAACAAGAUCUGAAGGAGCUCUACGCUUCAAUCAAUUUAAGAGGAGUCAUGGAGUCUACUCCCUUCAAUCAAGCGGUUGGAUAUGCACCAAGAGGUGUGCCUUUCAUCCCUACCUCCACUCAUUCAAAGAAUAUAAGGAAAGCUCUUACUCCCAUCUUCCACAGUGAUUGGAUGGAAGCUUACUUUGGAUAUUUCAAUAGAGCCAUCAAAGAUCUAGUGAAAACUUGGAAUGAUAACUCAGGAUCUACCAGAAAUGUCAAGAAAGAUAUUUGUGAUAUGGCAUAUGACUCAGCUGUUUACUCUCUUACCGGAGCUAAGCUCGACGUUGAUGUACCAUACCAUGGAGAGAAUGGGGAGGAGACCAUUCACAUAAGAGACUGCAAUGCAAGAACUUUGCUUGAUUUCUCAAAGCAUUCAGCAACUGAUGACUUUUGCAAGGACAAAGAAUACAGACUAAACUCAACCGAGAAACUGUGCGAAAACUUGAACAAAAACAUGCAGACACUUGGAGGAGCUCUUACUGGAGUUGUUGAAGCAAGAGUUGAAGAGAUCACCAAGGGAGCUGAGAGAAAGAAAACUAUUGUUGAUGCUGCCAUUGGACUAGUCUUAGAUGGAGUUCUUAAGGAUGUCAAUGAAGGUGUUCAAAACGGAUGGGCAGUGCUCAACGGAGCUCAUCUCAACUGUGGAAACGCCCUUACCGCUGCUCUUUAUUAUCUUCUUAAGAAUCCAGAGUGUCUCGAAAAAUUAAGAGACGAAAUCAAGACUGAACUGUUUGAAGGAAAAGAUAUCAGCGUUGAUGAGAUUGAAGGGAUUGCUACUCAUGAGAAGCUUCACGAUCUUGAUUAUAUGUCUCAUGUUGUCAAAGAAGCUCUCAGGCUUAGCUCCCCAAUCUAUGGUAAGGGAAUGAGAGCCAGGAAAGAUCUGACUUUUAAGAGCGGAUUUACCGUAAGAAAGGGAACUCUUGUGUAUCCAAAUAAUGGAGUAAUUGGAGUAUCAGAGAAUGUUUGGAAGGAUCCAUUAGACUUCAUCCCAGAAAGAUUUGACCCAGAAUCUCCUUACUUCAAGCUUCCAGACGGUGAGAAGAGAGAACCAAUCACCUGGCUUGCUUUCGGGUCUGGACCAAGAGCUUGUUCUGGAGAUAACUACAGUAUGUACUUCAUGAAAAUCGGGCUUGUUUACUUUUUGACUCAAUUCAAGUUUGAGCUUAAGGAUGUGAGCCAUGAAGAUGGAUUCUUCUAUUGGAUAAACGAAAAGAGCUUUGAUGCGACUGUUGAAAAGUUAUAAGAAAAAGAUGAUUCAUCGAUAAGUUUUCAUCAAUAAUCCAGGAGAUCA